UGGGUUCUUUAUUCUUAUUAUUAUCUAUAUUGGCAAUGUCUUCUAUUAUGAGUACUACAGAUUAUGAUACUCUUUUUAAAGGUAACUUCAUUUAUAUAACACAACUUUUCUUAUUCUAUGGUAUUUUUAUUGCUUUUGCGGUAAAAACACCUACUAUAUUCUUAAAUACUGAGAUUAAUAUUACCUAUUUUACCUAAAGCUUAUAUGGAAUAUACUUAUAUAAUAUUCUUAAUUGGUGUUAUCACUAUAGUAUACGCUAGCCUUAGUACAUUGAGAACUAUAGAUAUUAAAGAACUUAUAGCUUAUAGUUCUGUUUCUCAUGCCGCAGUUUAUCUUCUAGGGGUGUUCAGUAAUAGUAUACAAGGUAUUGAAGGUGCAAUUACUUUAGGGUUAGCUCAUGGAUUUGUUUCACCUGGUCUAUUUAUUUGUGCAGGAGGAGUUCUUUACGACAGAUCUCAUACAAGAGUAAUAUCAUUCUAUAGAGGAGUUAGUCAAGUAAUGCCACUUUUUGCUAUACUAUUCUUUAUAUUAUGUCUUGCUAAUUGUGGAGCUCCUUUAACUUUAAACUUUAUAGGGGAAUUUUUAUCAUUAUACGGGGUAUUUGAAAGAUCAUCAUUAUAUGGUCUAUUUGCUAGUAGCUCUAUAGUAUUUUCUGCAGCCUAUACUAUUUAUAUGUUCCAAAGAAUAGCUUUUGGUGGAGCUUACUCAAGAAUGUUCACGGUAGUAAUGCCAGAUCUAACUAAAAGAGAAUUUACUAUCUUAAUGUUAUUAACAGUACCUACUGUUAUAUUAGGAAUCUACCCAGCAUUAAUAUUAGAUGGACUUUCUUAUGCUGUAUCUCUUUUACUGUACAGCUCUGACAUUGUACCUGGUACUGUAGGGUUUUUCUCUCCUACUUUAACAAUGUUAAAAACCGAGGAAGAGCUAGUUGGUGAGUAUGAGAAUUGUAGGGGUCCAGUGGACUCGAAUACUCAGGAACCUCUGGAUCCUUCUUAUGAAGCUGACCAUUCUUUCAUGAAAUCUACUCCAGAAAAUUUUGAGCCUACUGAUACUGACGGUACUCAAUCUGCUACGAAUACUUCUUGUGAAAGUUGCGAAAAAACUAUAGAAUUCGCUACAGAGACCUAUCAAACAUGUACUAGUUGCGAUUUUGCAUGGUGUGAACCAUGUAUUAAAGUAAUAGAGACUAUAUCAUCCUCUAAUCUUAUCUAGCCUUUUUAUAGCCCCCCAUUUUUCUACCCUCCCCUUUUUAAGAAUUUAUCUAGGGUAACUACUGCUCUUUUUCUAGAGUGCUAGCGA